UCUUAUUGCAACAAUCUUUUUGCCUUUACUCUCCCUCUCCCCAGUCUUCUGUUUCAGAAUUUAUAUUUUUACUACAAACAGAGAAAGAUGGACUGAUAGAGAGUCUAAAAGGGUUUAUGAUCAUGUCAAGAAAGAACUUUGAGAAGUGCUAGGCGCACUAGCAGACACAUGGGCCCCAUUAUCAUCACUCCUUCCACCACCAACUCCUCUCCCUCUUCCCUUCCUUUUCCACUCAUACUAUGCUCUCUCUUCUUCUUCUCCUCCUCCUCCUCUCCAUUUCCGUCAAAUUCUUGCACCUACUUGACGUCUCUCUCUAUUUUCUUCAUAACACUUCUUCUUGAGUCUGUUUGCUAUCAAUUUCUUGUUUGUUCUGAUGGAAGGUGCUGCUCUUGGUUUACUUAGUUGUGGUGGUGGUGGUUCCUCUGGGGGCUCCACAAAUGAGUCCAUAGUGUCAAAAGUGGAGGUGGUGGAGCAAGAUCAGUAUGUGGAGGCAACUUCAUACCCAACUGAGAAUGAGGUUGAGUUGGGUUUAGGCCUGAGCCUUGGUGGUGGUGGUUGUGGAGGUGGUGGUGGUGGGAAGGGUAAGGCUGGUGCAUGGGGUGAGUGUGGUAGAAUCUUGACUGCCAAGGAUUUUCCUUCUGUACUCUCUCAUGCUCAUAGAGGAGCUAAUGCUUGUGCUUCCCCUGGGAUUGCUGUUUCUGGGACAAAGAGAGCUGCUGAUUCUUCUCCUCAAGAGGGUGGAUCUCCUACUGGUGGCAGCAGUCAGGUUGUGGGAUGGCCACCUAUAGGGGUUCACAGGAUGAACAGCUUGGUGAGCCAAACAAAGGCCCUAAAAGGUGAAGAAGAAAAGUCUGCAGUUGUUGGAAAAGACAAGUCUAAAGAUGGUUCAAAGAAGAAAAUAUGCAAUGGCAACAAGACCGGUAUUGUGAGCGAAAAUGAGCAUCUGGGAUUUGUUAAGGUCAAUAUGGAUGGAGUUCCUAUAGGAAGGAAGGUGGAUUUGAAUGCUCAUGCUGGCUAUGAAACGUUAGCCCGAACUUUGGAGGACAUGUUUCUUCGGUCCAACUCAACUCUCAAUUCCAUUGGUGGAGAGAAUGAACAAGUAAAAAAGUCGUCCAAGCUUUUGGAUGGAUCACGUGGAUUUGUGCUCACGUAUGAAGAUAAGGACGGAGACUGGAUGCUUGUGGGAGACGUUCCAUGGGGGAUGUUCCACAGUUCAGUCAAAAGGCUCCGAAUCAUGAGGACUUCCGAGGCUAAUGGACUUGAUGGAAAGAAAGAAGCAAGUUUGUUUAGCAUCAACGCUGGCCCUUCCAAAAAUCCGAUGAGAUGAAAAAAAAGUCCCCCCCACAGUUUGAAAACACAAGAUAAAGUAGAAAAAUUGUUUAGUCGGAGCAUUUUGCAAAGAGUGGUGCUGCGCUUUAUUUCAUUUUCGUUGUUGCCAACCAUCCUCUGGUUCUCACAGCCUUUUUUGGUCUCUUAGGUGAUGAUAUUCAUUGUAGUUUUCGAUUGCUUUAUAUGGUGCUGCCAUAUAGGCCUGCGCACUUGACGACUACCUGGUGCUUUCUCAUACUGUAAAUAUGAGAGUACUUAUAUCUAGAUUGUUAAGUUUUCUCAAGUUUGCAAUCCAGUGGACUCGGAUUUUGUUUGUUAUAGAAAAAAGUGUUUGUUUGUGGCUAAUUCAGAAAAUUUUCGCUGUUUUAGCUUUU